ACUGAGCGGUCGGUGCCGCGUUGCUGACCUCGAGCAGCAGUCAACUCCACGUAGAACCUGGGAGCAGGGGAUUCGGAAUCGAAUCUCUUCUCUCACCUCUCCUGGGCAGCAAGGCGAACCCCAUCCCUACUCACUGGAGCUCAGCUUUGAUUUUUAACCUCCUUUCCCCACCCUUUCAGAACACACACAUUCCCAUUUCAAAACUGAUUUUAUAAAGACAUUUUAUACAUAAUGAUGCAACAUGGUGUGCACUACAGCAAAUUUACAGUGAGAUUUUUUUGAUCUUCAGCUACAGUUUUUGUCACUGUAAGCAACUUUAUCAUCAAACACAAUGGCUAGCAAUGUUACCAACAAGACAGAUCCUUGCUCCAUGAAUUCCCGUGUGUUCAUUGGGAAUCUGAACACUCUGGUGGUGAAGAAAUCUGAUGUGGAGGCCAUCUUCUCGAAGUAUGGCAAAAUUGUGGGUUGCUCCGUUCAUAAGGGCUUUGCCUUUGUCCAGUAUGUUAAUGAGAGAAAUGCUCGGGCUGCUGUAGCUGGAGAGGAUGGCAGAAUGAUUGCUGGCCAGGUUUUAGAUAUUAAUCUGGCUGCAGAGCCAAAAGUGAACAGAGGAAAAGCAGGUGUGAAACGAUCUGCAGCGGAGAUGUACGGGUCAGUACCAGAACACCCUUCUCCGUCCCCUCUACUCAGCUCCUCUUUUGACUUGGACUAUGACUUUCAACGUGAUUAUUAUGACAGGAUGUACAGUUACCCAGCACGUGUUCCUCCACCUCCUCCUAUUGCUCGGGCUGUAGUGCCCUCGAAACGCCAGCGUGUAUCAGGAAAUACCUCCUGAAGAGGCAAAAGUGGCUUCAAUUCUAAGAGUGGCCAGCGUGGAUCUUCAUCCAAGUCUGGAAAGUUGAAAGGUGAUGAUCUUCAGGCCAUUAAGAAGGAGUUGACCCAGAUAAAACAAAAAGUGGAUUCUUUACUGGAAAGCCUAGAAAAAAUUGAAAAGGAACAGAGCAAACAAGCAGUGGAGAUGAAGAAUGAUAAGACCGAAGAGGAGCAGACUACCACUUCCCAAAAGAAAGAUGAGACUAAUGUGAAGAUGGAAUCUGAGGGUGCUGCGGAUGAUUCUGCUGAGGAGGGGGAUCUACUGGAUGAUGAUGAAAAUGAAGAUCGGGCGGAGGACCAGCUGGAGUUGAUCAAGGAUGAUGAAAAAGAGGCUGAGGAAGGAGAGGAUGACAGAGACAGCGCCAAUGGCGAGGAUGACUCUUAAGCACAUAGUUUGGUUUAGAAGUCUUGUCCCAUUAUUUCUUUAUCUAGGCGCUUGUCUAAGAUCAAAAUUU